AUGUCGUCACCAAAAGAAACAACUAUCGAUUCGGAAAGCGAAUUGCUUAACUCUUAUAACUUAAUGGACCAUAGAAUACCUAAAACUUCAGAUGUCGUUGUUGUAGGCGGCGGAAUUCAUUCAUUGAUAUACGCAAUUCAUCUAAAGAAGAAAGAGCUUCAGAAUCAGAGUCAAAAGUCAGUAACAAUCCUCGAGAGAAAUCAAUCUCCAGGGUACAAGAUUGGGGAGUCUACACUCACUGUCUUUGGAUUAUGGCUGAAGUUGAUUGGAAUUGAUACGCCAAUGCUGGCCCGUCUGUUUGGACCGAAAGAUGGCCUGGUAUUUUACUAUUUCUCGGCUCUAGGAGACCCGGAAGACUACACAGCCUUCAUUGCCAAUGGGCCGCCAGCAGACUUUGUCCCGACACUUCAGAUUAAGAGAAAAGUAAGCGAGCUUAUGCUCACCUUGUUCGCACAGCGCCUUGGCAUUUCGGUUCUUCACGGAAAAGAAGUUAUGGUUGACACUGCGACGCUGGCACCACAAGAUUGUGGCAUAACACUUCAGGUCAAAGACAGUGAAACCAAAUAG